CUUAAACAACGAAAGUAAACACAGCUCAGCCAUCGUCAAAAGAUGUUCAGCAGAAGGCUUCUACUCUCAUCUCAGUGUAUUGCACGUGCUUGCUACUCUACGAAAAGUGCAGUUCCACAUCCUACGGAUAAGAUUCCGGAUGUGAAGGCUUUCCUUACAACGAUCGGGCGUAACUGUAUAGAACACGAAGAACACUUCCCAGAUUGGGAGAGCCUGUUCCACACCAGUGGCAGGGAUCUAAAGGACAAAGGCAUCGAUGUGCAGCAAAGAAGAUAUAUUCUUAGACAGGUUGAGAAGUUGAGACAGGGCGAGGAGGUUAAGGCCACGCAAGUGGGUAAGAAGAGUUUCUACGGCGGUGAAAGAAAGAGAAAAGAAAGAGUUGCGAGACUCGCCGCUGAGAAGAGACAAGAGAGAUAUGCUCACGAGGAUGCUAUGGCUUGAGAUUUUCUCUCAUGGUGUCGCUAUACAUGAAGAAGCAUGUAAAUAGGAGAGUUCUGUACAUAAAUGACAAAUCAACAGCUAGAACAAGAGCACUCGAUGUAU